CAUAUUGUUUAUGUAUUCAGUGCUAAGUUGAACAUGCGCUAUGUUCAGUCGAUAUCGUAAACCUGUCAUUUAUAACAAAUUUCAAUAUUCAAAUCUUGUAAAAAUAGUAAUUAACUAAAUAAAAAUAAUUUAAAGCAAAAAUCCUUAUUUUUUUCGAAUGCAUAACUCAAUAAUUACUAACUGAGCAUCAUGACGAUAAAUGAAAGUUCUGACAUCGAAGUUAUUGGUUGUGGUUUCAAUUCUUUCAAAGAAACCGAGGAAAUUAACAGCUUAAUAAAACAACUCAGAGUUCCUGAUUUAUCUAUCAGUACAAUAGAAAAAAAUGUCGAAAGAUUUAAAUUUAUCGUCUCUCAAUAUCAGGAUCAACCUCAUCUUCUUGAUCCGUAUUUAGAAGAUAUUAUUGGAAAUAUUUUGUCAAUCAUUCACGACCAAGUAAUUUCUGAUGACAUGAAAAAUUAUGCCUUCAAAUAUUUAUUUCUUUUGAUGAGUGUUAAGACGUACAAAAAACUCGUCACUUAUCUUCCCCAUGAGGUAGCAGAUCUCUUGCCUGUGUUAAGAAUGUUAGAAAAGCAAGACCCUUCUGAUUUAUCAACAUGGGAAACCAGAUACGUUCUUCUUAUUUGGCUGUCAAUAAUUUCGAAAAUUCCCUUUCCACUGUCACGGUUGGAAACUUCGAGCUCAGUGGACCCAUCGGAAACCAUCCUCGUAAGAAUUCUAGUUGUAUGUAAACGUUAUUGCUUGGUCAAGGAUUCAUGUUUAUUUGCUGCCGUCUUUUUGAUAUCUAAUUAUCUGACUCGAUCUGAUGUCAAGAUAUUAUACUUAGAAGAAAUGAUAAUGUGGUGCUUGAAUUGUUUAAAAAAUGACCCGUCAAGUUACGGACCAUUGGCAGUUUUAGCAUCGAUAUUAAAACAUAAUCCACGUGAUGAUCUGAAGCCUUACUGUCAAAUGUUAUUCGAUAACGUUAUAGAGCUUAAUUGUUUAAAGAGCCCGAAUAGUUUAAUAGGUAAAUAUGCAAUCAAAAUUAUCCAGCGUAUAGGGCUCGUGUUGUUAAGACCCAAAGUCGCCACUUGGAAGUAUCAGAAAUCUGGGCAGAAAAUAAAUUUGUUAGCAGAUAUAAAUAAAUGUAACAUAAUUGAAAAUAUUGAUGUCAAUAAUAGCGUAGCAAUGGAAAGUGAUGAUCAAGAUGUGCCUUCAGUUCUUGAAGAAAUAAUUGAACAAUUAAUUCAAGGUCUUAGAACUAAAACUAUAGAUAUUAGAUGGUCUGCUGCAAAAGGCAUUGGCAAAAUAACAUCACGAUUACCAGUCGAUUUAGCCGACGAAGUAGUCGGAUUUAUUCUGAAUUUAUUUUCUGAUCGGGAACUGGAUUCCGCUUGGCAUGGAGGAUGUCUAGCCUUGGCGGAACUAGGAAGAAGGGGGCUGCUGUUACCACACCGACUGAACGAAGUUAUCCCCGUAAUUUUGAAGGCAUUGGUCUUCGAUGAACCCCGGGUAAAUGGUUCUCUAGGGUCAGCAAUCCGCGACGCCGCUUGCUAUGUCUGCUGGUCUUUUGCGCGUGCGUUCGAGCCAGAUGUACUUCAACCUUAUGUCCAACAAAUAGCAGCUGCUUUACUAAUGGUGACUUGUUUCGACAGAGAAAUAAAUUGUCGUCGCGCUGCGUCUGCGGCUUUUCAAGAAAACGUCGGCCGACAGGGUAAUUUUCCUCAUGGAAUAGACAUCGUGACAGUCGCUGACUACUUUGAAGUUGGAAUAAGGAGCCAAGCAUAUCUUAAAGUAAGUGUUCAUAUAUCCCAGUAUGAAGAAUAUACCAUUCCAAUGAUAGAUCAUUUGGUUCAACGUAAAAUUGAGCAUUGGGACACGACAAUCAGAGAACUUGCUGCUAAAGCGCUGCAUAAUUUAACGCCUAUCAAUCCGAAUUACAUGAUCGAAUCUGUACUGCCUAUUUUGAAUGAUUCUUUGAAUUCCAUUGAUUUGAAUGUAAGACACGGGUCUGUCCUAGCAAUUGCUGAAAUAAUUGACGCUUUGUAUCAUCAUUUCAACCGAGAAAUUUCUAGUAUCAUCGGUGCGUCCGAAUUAGAGAGAAUUAAAAAAAUCAUUACUUUGUUCAGAGCCCGCGGACAACUCAAAGGUCUCGGUGGCGAAUUAAUGCAACAGGCGUGUAGUACUUUAAUAAAAAAAUGUUCUCUUGUACACUAUCCCAUUCAUUCAUCGGACAUUGUCGACGAAUGGCAAGAUCUUCUUGAAGACUGUUUAAAUCACGAUGUGUCUAUUGUUAAAUCUAAAGCUGCUGAGGCGCAUACACAAUUUUUUUCUGAAUACUAUUCGGAUCCUCAUGAAAGUAAGAAAAAGCGCGAUUCAGUUAUCGAUCGCUACCUUUUUAAUUUGAAAUCGAAUAAUGAAAGUCGAAGAAUCGGAUUCGCCCAAGCUAUUGGAUACUUCCCUCCAUUUAUACUGCAAGAGAGAUUAAAAGAUAUUUUGGAAGCGCUCUUUGCUUGUUCGAAAAUUACAAAAGAAAGCAUUCACUGGGCAGAAAGUAGAAAGAAUGCAAUACAAUCAAUUACUCUAAUAAUUAAGAAUUUAGAAAUUGAAAAUGAGGAAUUCCAGGCAUUUAUUUCGAAACUUUAUGACUGUUAUUUACUUGCGUUAAGGGAAUAUACAAUCGACAGUCGAGGUGACAUAGGAGCCUGGGUACGCGAAGCUGCAAUGUCUGGUCUCUAUGAGCUAACGAGUUUAAUUUCGCGGUCUAAAUUUACUGCGUUGUUCGACGAUGUGCUGACAGCUCAAAUAAUUGGUGGAAUUGCGCAACAAGCUGUCGAACGUAUUGACAGAACUCGAAUUCACGCAGGGAAAAUUUUUUACGCUCUUUUAUAUUCCGAACCAAUAAUACCCAAUAUUCCAUAUCACAAUGAGUUGAAAACUAUUUUUCCAUACAAUGAAUGCAAAGACAGUAUUAAUUGGAUGACUGAACUCGAUACAUUUCCUCGCUUUAUCAAGAUGUUGGAUUUUCCACCGUACGUAAAGUUUAUUUUGCGUGGCAUAAUAUUUAGCAUUGGAGGUUUGAGUGAAUCUUUGGUAAAGCAUUCAAGUACUUCGUUGUUCUCAUAUUUGAAUGAAACCGAUGAGACAAGACUUAGAGAAUUAUGCAAUGAAAUAUUGAAUAUUUUUGAUAAAAGCCAUGGCGAUGAGCGGAUGAUAAGGUCGAUCCUCGUUUUCUUGGACAGACUUCUCAGCUCUGGAUACAUUCAAAAUAUUCUAGAUGAUACUCAAAGCGAAUUUUCAAAACGUAUGCUGUCAUUAGUUAAAAGAGAAAAACAAUGUAUGAACAAUACUCAACUAAUUAUCAGUGCUAUCAACUUAUUUUGUCAGCUUUUACAGGCUAAAGGAUCAGUAAGCAAACAAGCAUUCUUUCAAUUAAGUAUUUUGCUUUGUAAUAAAUUUCAAGCGAUCAGAAAAACAACUGCACUUCGAUUGUAUGAAGCUUUAACUUUAUAUGGAGAUGAUAUGGACAUUAAAGAAGAUAAUUUGGCUGAAAUAUUGUCUGGAUUAAAUGAAACGGACUGGGGUAAAUCACCCGAUGAAUUGAGACCAAUAAGAAAUCGUUUCUGUGAAUUGAUGAAUGUAAGUCCGCCUGUAAAACUAAAGGAGAGUAACGAGAGUUAAUUAAUUCGCUUUAGAUCUUUUAUAAAUUUAUAAUAUAAUAUUUAUAAAAUUA